AUGCCGGGGUCAGGUGGCAAAUUCCAGCCGAAAUCAGAGUACGGCUGUCCAGACCAGUCCAGCCUUGCAGAGGAGAGAUGCGCUGUGGCCUCCAACGCGUUAACGAUAAUCAAACCAGUCACUGGGCUCCUCUCAGGGAAGGUAAAUCUUCCCUGCUACUUCUCCAACAUCCCAACCUCAGCACCAGUGAUCAGUCCCAAUGGAACUGUCAUUUAUGGCAGAGAUUACUUACGGAUCAAAUGGACCAAAAUAGAUGGAGAAGUGGAAUCCACAGUGCUGGUGGCACAGAAUGGCGUCAUCAAAAUUGGCUCCAUCUACAGGAACCGUGUAUCAGUGCCCAGUCACCCUGAGGAUGUAGGUGACGCCUCAUUGACAAUGGUCAAGCUGCGUGCCAGUGAUGCGGGCACUUAUCGAUGCGAGGUCAUGUACGGCAUUGAGGACACCCAGGAUACAGUGAACCUUGAUGUCAACGGUGUUGUGUUUCACUACCGGGCAAGCACCAGCAGGUACACUUUGGACUACCAGAAGGCCGUCCAAACUUGCCAAAAUAUUGGAGCAACCAUUGCUACAGGUGACCAACUGAAAGCAGCUUAUGAGGAUGGCUUUGAUCAAUGUGAUGCCGGCUGGAUUGCUGACCAGACAGUGAGAUACCCAAUUACAAGACCAAGGAAGGGCUGCUUUGGCAACCUACUGACUAAACCUGGUGUUAGGACAUAUGGGACCAGGAAACCCACGGACACCUAUGAUGUAUACUGUUACGUAGACAGACUUGAUGGUGAAGUGUACUAUGCUCCUGUGACCCGUAAAAUGACUUUUGAUGAGGCCAGCGCAGAGUGUAAGAAGAGGAAUGCUGUCCUGGCAACCACUGGCCAGCUCCACGCUGCCUGGCGACAGGGUCUGGACAAAUGUGACUAUGGCUGGCUCGCCGAUGGCAGUGUACGACACCCUGUUGCAGUACCCAGAGUGCAGUGCGGGGGAGGCCUGAUCGGCGUCAGGACCAUGUACCGGUACAGAAACCAGACUGGCUUCCCAGAACCAACUAAGAAGCUUGGAGCUUACUGUUUUAAAGAAGUUUACUCAUGUACGGAAAAUAUUUGUCUAAAUGGAGGAACUUGCUUCAAGCGUGGCAGCAUUUAUACAUGUAGCUGUGUUCCAGGUUACAGUGGUGAUCGCUGUGAAACAGAUUUUGAUGAGUGCCAGUCAAACCCUUGCCGCAACGGAGGUACAUGUGUUGACGGGCUGGCUUGCUUCACAUGUGUGUGCCUCCCAAGCUACUCUGGACUGUAUUGUGAGGAGGAUACAGAAACAUGUGAGUACGGUUGGCAUAAAUUCCAGGGCCACUGCUACAAGUACUUCCCCCACAGAAGAAACUGGGACACAGCAGAGAGAGAGUGUCGCAUACAGGGUGCUCAUCUCACCAGCAUCAUCACACACGAGGAACAACAGUUUGUCAACCGUCUUGGACAGGACUACCAGUGGAUUGGCCUGAAUGAUAAGAUGUUUGACAGUGACUUCCGCUGGACUGACGGCCGCCAUGUGCAAUAUGAAAACUGGAGGCCCAACCAGCCCGACAGCUUCUUCUCUUCUGGCGAGGACUGUGUUGUGAUGAUAUGGCACGAGGACGGCCAGUGGAACGAUGUUCCUUGCAACUACCACCUCACCUUCACUUGCAAAAAGGGCACAGUGGCCUGUAACCAGCCCCCUCUGGUGGAGAAUGCUCGUACCUUUGGUAAGCAGCGUGAGAGGUAUGAGAUCAACUCGCUGGUGAGGUACCAGUGCAGGACUGGCUUCAUUCAGAGGCACGUCCCAACUAUCCGUUGUCGUGGGGAUGGACAUUGGGAUAGCCCUAAAAUCAGCUGCAUGAACCCAUCAAACUAUCAGAGGACUUCUAUCAGAAGACAUCAGCACAAUCACCUCUACAGCGUUAAUAACUUCCAGAGACGGCCGGACGAGGCCUACCGCUUUCACCAUCAGCUCUACCGGGGGAGGAGAGACAGAACUGAACAUAAGCGGAAGAGAAAGUAAUCGCCAUGUAACAUGGCACAGCUUCCCUGAGACGAGAACACAUGGCUGAUCGCUUGUGUGGAAAGAGGAAAAAGGAUUCUCUGAGGAAAAGCACAAGAGAAAACUCAUCAAAGAAACCAAGAGGAUAAUCUGCAGUUUUCUUGCAUUUUGGAUGACGAUGGAAUCCAACGAAGUGCCUUUUAAAAAAGAUGUCGAUACAUGACUUUUCUCAUCAAGGGGCACUGUUUUAUAACAAUGUCGAUGUGGAUAAAAUACUUUCAGCUGGCUACUGGAAAAGCAAAAAGAACACUCACCAUUCUUUUUUUUUAAACUGCGGAAGUUUUUCCUUUCUCCUUAUCAAAUAUUACAUUCAUGACUGUUGUCUAAUACCUUUGUACACACCGACUGUGCUAUUUAAAAUCACCACAAGUGUUCCUUAUUCAUAGAAGAAAAAAAAAAGCUGUUGUGAAAUUAUAGCGCUUAUGUUAUGUAAAGGAAUCCAUUAUGUUGUCAUGCUGUUUUAAGCUGGACUUCAUUUUAAUGAGCAUGCAUGCAUAAAGCAUAUACAUUGAAGUCCUCAAAUUCUUAACUAUUCUGUGUCAAGACAUCCAAGUUCUCAGAACAUGAAUGGAAGCAUCAGUGGCAAUGAUUGAUCAUGCAAAGGAUUCAUAGUUUACAUUAGCAGAAUAUUAUAUCAAAUAGUUAAAGAACUGGUAAACCUUUGUAAAGAAUCUUUCUCCAGUCUUCAAACCUAAUCGGCAAAGUUUCUUAGCUUUGCUAGUAGUAGUUAUUUAGGUUUCAGAUUUAUAAUUUACCCAUGUCUGGGGGAAUUUCACCAAAUUCAGUUAAGUACUGGAGACCUUCUUUGUGGUGGCAGCUUUCAAAGUACCAAAUUACCACCUUUCAUUAGCUACAGCCGUCAUUGGAUGUCAUCGAUGUCUUGUCAAGAUGAAUGUUUAUGGAUUUCUAUACAGAGGAUUUUUAAAAGCGUAUUGAUAUUUUUUUGUGUGAUUUUUUUGCAAUUUAAUAUGAGAGAUUGCUCUCUAAGUACUUACCGACAAAGCCUUUGCCCACUGAUGGAAAUCGAUGUCCAUCACCUAUUUUCAAAUGAAAGAAGGGAGGUGUGGCUCACGUAGCCUGUAUUUUCUGCUCAUAUGUGUUCAGUGCAUAACUUACAAUUAGUUGCUACAGCAUGUUUACAAUAAUUGCAAUGCUGUUCAUAAUUACACACCAAAGAGUCUUGCUCUCAUCUGUUGCUGUUGUGCUGUAGCCUGUGAUGGUUUUCUAGGUAAUGCUUUUCUUCCUGACACUUAACUUUUCUGUUAUUGUGGUCAACUGAAACCAGCCUUUGAGAGAAUGUAUUUUGUGAAACACUCAAAAAGACUUGAACAUAACGGCUGUUUAGGCACAGAUGCAUAUAAUUUAUUUUCAAGCUGCUCUUGAUCUCCUUACUUGUUCUAUACUCACAGGUAAAAUAUGAUGCUGUGACCUGUCCCAGCAGUGCUCUUCAUGUAUUUGCAUUGUAUGUUCAACAGGAGACUGGCCACAAUCACAGACUGUCUAAAUGGAAAUGCAGUGAAGAUGAAAAGUUACUAAACAAUACAAUGGAUUUAUUCACUUUUUACAUCUUUAAUGCCAGCAGUGGACCAAAGAAUAUGGAGGGCCCCAUCGGCUGCAAUAAUGUUCUGUAACGUUAACAAAAUAUGUAUACAUGUGUCUCCACAUUUUUCAAUGGAAAAAUGUGUUUGUUUUGUCUGCCUGUGAAUGUGCCUUAAUGUGCAUAUAAUAUCAUUUUAUAUUUAUAACUGUUUGUUUUUAUUUUACAAUGUGAAUGUCCGGGAUGUUUGUGGAUUUUUUUUAAGAGAUCAAACUGUUUUUUUCCUGCUUUAAAUCACCAAA